AUGCUGAAAGAUGGCAUCGUCAAGGUCAUUUUGGCACACAUCCUGGCUGCAGCCGCCUACGGAAUUAUCUCGGCCGGGGUUAUGCAUUACAGCCAGCGGAAGUCUAAAUCCACGUCGAAAGAGAGCAGUCUUGCUCCGUAUUUGGAUCGAACCGAGUCGGGUCGUGUCGGGAAAAUUGAAAGAUUUUCGCAUUAUGUUGCAAGGCAGCUGGGAUUUAAAGAUGAAAGUGAAUGUCCAGAGGUGAUGAAAUUGGCUUAUGAAUACUUGAAAAGAUCUGAAGGAUGUGAUGAUAAAAUGUAUGAGUAUUUGGCGAAAGAAGCAAAUGCUGAAGAACUUUAUGUGAAAUUGGUGGAGGAAUUUGAGAGAUGCAUCAUUGGAUAUUUUGCCUUCCAUUGGAGUCAAGUUCCUCUCAUGAUAACUCAGGUAUUAAGUGUGAACUCUCAUCAGAAAAAGCUCAAGGAUUUAGUAAUGGCAGCUACAAGGAAACAGAGAUUUGAGAAAAUAAGCAAGGACCUGAAACUGACAAGGAUUUUCUCUACACUGGUGGAGGAGAUGAAAGCCAUUGGAACCACAACAAAUGAAGAAUUAAAUCAAUCGGAGGUGAUGGUGCCAGUUGCUCACAAUGAAAGAAGUCCGCUGCUCCUCCUUAUGGGUGGUGGAAUGGGUGCUGGCAAGAGCACCGUCCUCAAAGACAUUAUGAAAGAAUCAUUCUGGGCAGGAGCCGCAGCGAAUGCAGUGUUAGUGGAGGCAGAUGCAUUCAAAGAGUCGGAUGUCAUCUAUAGAGCUCUUAGCUCCAAGGGUCAUCACCAAGACAUGCUUCAAACUGCAGAAUUGGUCCACCAAUCAUCCACUGAUGCUGCAUCGUCACUCUUGGUAGCCGCACUAAAUGAAGGGCGUGAUGUGAUCAUGGACGGAACCCUAUCAUGGAUACCGUUUGUUGAGCAGACAAUUUGCAUGGCAAGAAAUGUACACAAACACCGGUAUCGCAUGGGAGAGGGUUACCAGGUUGCAGAGGAUGGUACUGUCACUGAAAAUUACUGGGAGCAGAUUGAAGGAGAAGAGGGAGAAGAAGCUAAGAUCAGAAAACCAUAUAAGAUAGAAUUGGUUGGAGUUUUCUGUGAUGCCUAUCUGGCUGUUGUUAGAGGUGUCAGAAGAGCAAUCCAAAUGGGUAGGGCAGUGAGGGUAAAGUCACAGUUGAAGUCCCACAAAAGAUUUGCUAGUGCAUUUCCAAGAUACUGUCAACUUGUUGAUAAUGCAAGGCUAUAUUGCACAAAUGCUCUAGGAGGUCCUCCAAUGUUGAUAGCAUGGAAAGAUGGAAACAGUAAGCUAUUAGUUGAUCCGGAUGAAAUGAAAUGUUUUGCUUCAGUAAGCAAUUUGAAUGACGAAGCAGAAACCAUAUAUGAACUCUAUAGAGAGUCAGACUAUAUAACUCAGCCGGGUUCUGUUUGGAAAGAUAUAGUUUUGUUGCCAGAAAGGGGAAGUCUUCAGCUGGAGCUGAAAACUGCCAUUCAAAGAAUCGAAGUUCAUAUUUCUUAG